AAAAAAAAAAAAAAAAAAAAAAAAAAAAAAAAAAAAAAAGGAAAGGGAAAAAAAAAAAAGAGCGAGAGCAUGCUGGCUUCCGCCUCAGUCGUCAGAAGUUAAGGUCUGCCCGGAGAGGCCAUUGGAGGAAGAGUGCCACGUGACAGAGGGGUGCCAAUGUUAUUCUCCAAGGGUGUCAAGACCCUGUCAGUUUGUGAAAUAAAUAUUGGGAAACAACGAAAUGCAAAAAACGACCUACUACGACAGCUCUGCAAUCUAUGGUGCCUACCCCUACCAAGGAGCAAAUGGUUUCACUUAUAAUGCAAGUCAGCAGCAAUAUCCUCCAUCUUCAUCACUUGUGGAAACUGAGUACCACCGUCCUGCGUGCUCCCUCCAGUCCCCUGGCAGCUCUGUGACCCACCACAAGGCCAAUGACAUCAGUGAGAGUUGCAUGAGGACCCUCCCCAGCCAGCCUCUCCAGACCCCCGGCCUCACUGACACACAGGCUCCACCACAGCCACCUCCAGCCCAGCAGGCACAACCUCCACCUCCGUCCUCUGCCUCGCCAUCUCAAAAUGCCAGCAGCAACCCUGCCCCAGCCAACCCCACCAAGAGCCCAGCUCUUAACUCACCCACCAUGUCCAAACAGAUAUUCCCAUGGAUGAAAGAAUCUCGGCAAAACACGAAGCAGAAAAACAGCAGUUCCAGUUCAGGUGAGAGUUGUGCUGGUGAUAAAAGCCCUCCGGGGCAAGCCUCCUCUAAGAGAGCCCGUACAGCUUACACAAGUGCCCAGCUGGUAGAACUGGAAAAGGAAUUCCACUUCAAUAGGUACCUUUGCAGACCACGAAGGGUAGAGAUGGCUAAUUUACUCAAUCUAACAGAAAGACAGAUCAAAAUCUGGUUUCAGAACCGCAGAAUGAAAUACAAAAAGGAUCAAAAGGGCAAGGGCAUGAUGACCUCUUCAGGAGGACAGUCCCCAAGCAGAAGCCCUGUCCCUCCAGCUGCUGGGGGAUAUCUAAACUCUAUGCAUUCUUUAGUAAACAGUGUACCCUAUGAGCCCCAGUCACCUCCACCAUUUAACAAGCCUCAUCAAAACAGCUAUGGCAUCCCUGCAUCAUAUACCACUCCUCUUAAUAAUUGCCCACCUCCUCAAAAAAGAUACACGGGGACGGCAGCUGUGACACCUGAAUACGAUACUCAUCCUCUUCAAGGCAACGGUUAUGGGAAUCCACAUAUACAGGGAAGCCCCGUCUAUGUAGGGGGCAACUACGUGGAGACCAUGACCAAUUCUGGGCCUUCCAUCUUUGGUCUAACUCAUCUCCCUCAUCCUCCCUCUGGCAACAUGGACUACAGUGGGGCUGGGCCAAUGGCCAACAAUCACCACCAUGGACCUUGUGAUCCACACCCAACAUACACAGACCUUACCGCUCACCAUCCUUCUCAGGGAAGAAUUCAGGAAGCACCCAAACUCACCCAUCUGUAAGAGACAGUGGUCACUAAGUGGAAUACCAAGCCCCCAACUUUUGGAAAGUACUCUCCUUCUCUUCUUUCUCUCCUCCUCCCUCCAUGUGACCUCCCCUUCUUAUUUCUUUUGUUCGUUUUGGUUUGUUUUGUUUCCUUUGGUAAAAGCGUUUUCUAGUUUAUGUGACGUAGCAAUAUUUGUUGCUUGAAUUGCUCCAUAGUUUCACUAGUGAAUAUUUAUCUUCUCGAACUGUAGCCUUGUGUCUCACUUUGAGAGUAUGCAGAGGCUUUAUACUUUACCUUCUACGCUUUUAACAAAACAGGGUAUAUGAACAAAUUUUCUAUAAAGGGAAUUCUUAAAUGUGAAUUUGUUCGUACAUGAUUGAUCCCAUGGGGAAGCAAUUUUUUUUAUUGCACUUCUUUUAAAUAGCGAGAAAGACAUCAAAAGCUCUUGGACAGGGACUCCCUGGGCAAUUAUUAAUACGUGUAAGUCUUUCAAUGUGUGUAUGCUGGUGAACAUUCAGAUUUAUUUAUUUUCUUUUUUUUUUUUUUUUUGCAAACAUUGAAUAAUCUAAGUGUUUAAAAUUUUAUUUAUCCCCAUUUGUUCAUAUUUAUAUAUAUAUAAAAGAAAAAAAAAAAACCCUUGUACCCUGAAUAUUCAGGAGGUAUUUACCUGGCCAUAUGUUAGAUGGCAUAUCGGCAAGCAUAGGAAAUCUCAUUUGAAAGGGAACUAUAACUCCUUUUAUUAAAAAUGGUGGUGAUGAUGAUGAUGAUGAUGAUGAUAACAAUGAUGAUGCAAUAAAAUCUGGGAAAAAAAUAUCAUGGUUUGAAUAUUUUAUGCUUGUAAGAUCCAGCUUAGGUGGAAAGCGUGUGAAGCUGAAAAAGGCUAGAUUUGUUUUGAAAGUUAUACAUUCCUUGCUGCUCAUGUUCUGAAAAAAAAAAAAAAAAAGAAAACAA